GGCUUCAUGUUGCUCCAGACAGCCAGUGCUUGUUCGUAAACACAUAUUUUGUCAAAAAGUUGCUGCAUAGGAAGUUAAGAUACUUACAGAAUAGUGUACUUCUGAAUGUAACAGACUAUCGCAGCGAGUCACUCCCACCCCCACCGCUCGGGGUACUUUCACAGGGGUCAGUAGUUUGGACAUAACUGUGGUCAGUCAACCUCUAACUGCACUGCAAGGUCGUCUCAUGUCUCCACAGAUCAGGGCUGACUGAACUGUAUCUCUCUCUACCAUAGGAUGCACUAUGUGGCGAGUGGCUCCCUGUCCUUCGGUUCCCUGGGCCUGCUCCGUCUGUUUGGGGCAUCCUGGUCCUGGAGCCUCGCAGCAAGUUUGGGUGUUUACUUAGGAACAGGAGGCUGGCAGUACCUGUAUGUGGUGGUUCGUACGGCUAAAAGGGACAUCAAUGGUCUUUAUGUGCUGAUGAGGGUUAAACUGGCAUUAUGGCAUCAUAUUCGAAACCGAAACACCAUACCCUCCAUCUUCGCACAAACCGUGGCUCGGCACCCAGACAAGCCUGCGCUUGUGUAUGAAGCCACUGGUGAAACGUGGACUUUCUCCCAGUUAGAUCAGAUCUCCAAUGCUGUGUCCCACUGGGCACUGAGCCAAGGCUGGGCCGCAGGAGAUGUGGUGGCGCUCUUCAUGGAGAGCCGGCCGCUCCAGGUGGCGCUCUGGCUGGGCCUGGCCAAAGUAGGCGUAGAAGCCGCGCUCAUCAACUUUAACCUCCGACGGGAUUCGCUCCUGCACUGCUUGGGGGUGUCAGCAUCCCGAGCGCUGGUUUUCGGAGCAGAGCUAGUAGACGCCGUGUCUGAAGUGAGCUCCUCUUUGAGUGAGAGCAUGGUGCGGUUUAGCACGGGAGACCUCAGACCGGACCAGAUGGACGCUCUGAAAUGUCACCCCCUUGACUCCAUUCUGGCAUCUGCCCCUCGAAACCCACCAGCCUGUGCCGUGUCCAAGGGCUUCAACGAUCGUUUGUUCUAUAUCUACACGUCUGGCACCACAGGACUCCCUAAAGCUGCUAUAGUGGUGCACAGCCGAUAUUACAGGAUUGCUGCCUUUGGGUACCAUUCUUUUCGAAUGCGGCCAGAUGACAUCAUCUAUGACUGUUUACCCCUCUACCAUUCAGCAGGUAAUAUUAUGGGGGUGGGCCAGUGUCUGAUUCAGGGUAUAACUGUGGUGGUUAAGAAGAAGUUCUCUGCAAGCCGCUUCUGGGAAGACUGCAUCAAACAUAACUGCACUGUUGUGCAGUACAUAGGUGAGAUUUGCCGUUACUUGCUGUCUCAGCCUGUGCGCCCCUCUGAGCGACAGCACCGUGUGCGUCUAGCUGUGGGAAAUGGGCUGCGGCCGAGCGUGUGGGAGGCUUUUAUGGAGCGUUUCGGAGUGAAACAGAUCGGCGAGUUCUAUGGAGCCACCGAGUGCAACUGCAGCAUUGCCAAUAUGGAUGGCAAGGUUGGGGCUUGUGGUUUUAACAGUCGCAUUCUGCCAAACGUGUACCCCAUCCGGCUGGUGAAAGUGAAUGAGGAAACCAUGGAACUGGUUCGGGACAAGCAGGGACUGUGUGUGUCUUGCCGACCUGGAGAGCCUGGGCUGUUGGUGGGGAGAAUAAAUCAGGAGGAUCCUCUGCGUCGGUUUGAUGGGUACGCUAGUCAGGAUGCCACCAGGAAGAAGAUCGCCUACAAUGUAUUCAAGAAAAACGACUCUGCAUAUCUGUCAGGUGAUGUUUUAGUUAUGGACGAGCUUGGAUACAUGUACUUCCGGGACAGGAGUGGUGACACGUUUCGUUGGAAAGGUGAGAACGUGUCCACUACUGAAGUGGAGGGAACACUGAGCAGCCUGCUGGGACAAACUGAUGUAGCAGUGUUUGGAGUAAACGUACCAGGUGUGGAGGGAAAGGCUGGAAUGGCUGCCAUUGCUGACUCAACAGGAAACUUCAACUGUAAUUCUUUCCUGAAAGAGGUUCAGCAAGCUCUUCCUCCUUAUGCACGGCCAAUAUUUCUGCGCAUCUCCCCAUGUGUAGAUACCACAGGAACAUUUAAAAUUCAAAAGACCAGACUGCAGAGGGAAGGAUACGAUCCACGGCUCACAGCUGACCAGAUCUACUUUCUGAACUCCAGAGCAGGCCGUUACGAGCUCGUGACCGAGGAGCUGUACAAUGCUUUGGAAGAAGGCAGGACAUCCCUUUGAGACAAAGAAGAGACCUACCUGGUCUUCUAACCUGUGACGGCUCCCAGUGUUACCAUGGUGCAACAGAACCCAUUCAGAUUUCUAGUAUUUAGACAGUUUUUGCAUUUAAAAUUUAGUUUAAAUAUCUUCAAUUUGGGUUUCUUCAAUUUGGUAGCAAGCUGUCUUCACAAUGACGAGCUGAAUAUCUGAUAUGCAAUAGAUGAGACAGUGAGAGAGAAUUAUUCUAGUUUGUUAUUCUGAUUUGAUGGUAGCAUACAGGUGACAAAAUAUAUGUGCACUCCCAAUUUAACCAGUUUUUUUUUUAAAACACAACCACUUAAGUCAACAGGAUGAAAGAUACAAAACUCCACUGUCUGGUUUGGACACUGUAGACCAGGCGUGGUGAACGUCUGUCCUGUAGAGUUUUGGUUUUAACCUAAUCAAACACACCUGAACAAGCUCACCGAGGUCUGAAGGUUUACUAGGACGCUACAGGCAGGUGAGUUUUUAUUAGGGUUGGAGCUGAACUCUCCAGGACUGGAGUUCGUCACCACUGCUAUAGACUUAAAUCAAUACCUUUUGAGCCUGAAAAGAUGAUAAUGAGUGUAUUUUAACAGACUUGAGCUUUUUACUACAAAACUGUUGUUAAAAUGCCUAACUCCAAAGUGACUUUUAGAAAGCUGAAAGAUACAGCAUAUCAUUGUAAAGAGCCACAACAAAGUGCCUUAGAUUUUACCUCCUCAAAGUUUUACUCUUGUGGGAUAUGACAAGAUGAAAUGCCUCACACUGACAUGAGAACAAAGAUGUUUUGAAAACUAAAACCGUGUGAUCACAUUAAUUUACUUCAGACUUCUGACUGGUUAAAAGAAUAAAUAAUCGUUUUUA